AUGUCGGGUCGCAAGGAAACAGUGCUGGACUUAGCGAGGCUGGUGGAUAAGGGGGUGUGCGUGAAGCUUAACGGGGGACGACAAGUGAUGGGCACGCUGAAGGGAUACGACCAGCUGAUCAACCUGGUGCUGGACGAGGCGGUGGAGUAUGAGCGAGAUCCAGAGGACCCCCUACGUCUGACCGAGCAGACACGACCGCUAGGGCUCAUUGUAUGCAGAGGAACAGCGGUGAUGCUGAUAGCUCCAACAGAUGGAACAGAGGAAAUAGCCAAUCCUUUCUUGCAACAAGAGACCUCUUGA